AUGGGGUCUUUAACUAUCCCACGACUUCGGUUCCUGAACCGCUCCGACCCAUUAGCUGAGAUAUGGCAUCAGCUUCGAUCAACAAAUGGCGAAAGAACAUCCUAUUACAUCAUUGGUAUCCCAGAUGGUUCCCUAAAACUUUCACAAGGCGAUUUUGAGGGUGGGAGCCAUGAAAAUUCUAAUCUAAUAGCUGGCAUUCAUAUCCAAAAACCUGGUGUUAUCUUUAUCGAAGCUCUUAACCCCGCACAGGAUAUUUGUUUGGCUCGGAGAACAAGCCCCAAACCCGCUCCCACCAAACAAACGCUCCCCUGUUCAAACGAACCAACCAAAGAGCGCAUGCUAGUACUUUUGGACUCCGAUGCAACGAUCUAUACCAAAUCUGGAACUAUUAUCUUUGAACUUGGAACAUCUCCAAUCUCGGCUGAUGGAGAAAGCCAAAUUACUAUGGAAGAAGAUGAGGCGCAUGUGCUAGUACAGCAAAGCUAUCCCCAGGAAUCACUGAGACGUAGCGAGAGCGAUAUGGUGCAGUCAACACCCGCCAUUCCAGAAACAAUCACAGAGGAGCCCAGGGUUCAUGAGACUCCUAGCGUGAAGAGUAGGUUCAUGAAUCCGGAUAGUGCGACAGUCUCGCUGCCUCGAGGGAAGCUAUCAAGGGUAGAUACCUUCGGAGAUAUCAUACAUGAGAAGGAGGACUCAACGCCAACGGGAAAGAAGCCUACUGCCAUAAUGUCUCCUUCAAGGAAAGGUAUUAUUCCCGAUAGAGUCCAGGACAUCUUUAGGAAAAUUAAUAAUGUUGCUCCUGUAGCGGAUAUGAAGACCCCCGAUGAUUUUGCCCGUCCCGAGGAGAAAGGUGAUGAGGAAAAAGAAAGUCAGAACUCUGCAGAAGCUGUAAGAAAACAAUUCAGUCAGUCAGCCAUGAUCACUUCGUUUGGGUCUGCAAUGGAUGAAGUAGUCGCCUCAGUUGUAGACGAAGAUGAAGAUGAGGGGGUGCUCUCAGAUGAAUCUACUACGCCAAAGAGUCGCAUCAAGGGGCAUGGUGUUCCAGAAGGAUUUCUGCAUGAGGAACAUAAGAAAGAGAUAACGCCGAAGAUAGUAUAUGGGAAGAACAAAAGGAAGGCGCCUGUGCCUAGGAAUAAGAAUGUUGCUGCCAAGGGAGGUAGGAAACCGAAAAACAGAGUAAAGGUUAUCAACGAUAGCACAGAGGAGACUACUAAAGACACCCCAGUAAAAAGAAGGAGACUUGGACGCGCCCAGAAGAAUAGUAGCACUGAAAGCAUGGAAGAGGAAGAUUCAAUAAAAGUCUUGCCCCAAAUGAAAGGGGCUGACCGUACUGAGGAGGAAGAUGCUAUCAUGGAAACUGCCGACGAGGAAGACGAGACUGCGCCACAGCCACCUAGGACUCAAAGGGGGAGAAAAACAGUACAAAGCCUACCUAGUACUGCUGCUACCGUAGAAACCGAUGCAGUAGUAACAGGACGAAACACAAGAGGCAAACGAGCUGUGCCUACCAAGAAUACUGGAAAGGCUACCAAAGAGCAAGAAAAGGAGCCGGGUAUUAAAGAGGUUGUGCCUACGAAACCUCUUAGGGGUACUAGAGGUAGACGUCGAGCUGAAGAGGCACCAGAUGCUCCUGAUCCAAUUUCUACUACUGCCUCAGAAGAAGAACCCCCAGAAGAAGCACCGAACCCAAAGAAAGUUAUGCGGAAACGACAAAGGCCCGAUGAUACAGAGGGAAAUGACGACCAAGACACCCAGUCUCUUCCUCGGGAAAGUUCAGCGGAGUCAAUGAUCCAGGUCGGCCAAUUGACGAGAUCAAAGCGUGUGAAGACGACGCCCGUGGAGAAAACACCAGCAGCCAAGAGAGGCAAGAAAGAUGCGACACCCACACCACCAAGCAGUGGGAAGUUUCUAGGUGAUACUCAGUAUACAGUUCAGGAUACGCAAUCUCAGGCGCCGGAACUCAAGACGAAGGCAGCGGCGAAGAAGCGAGCUGCUCCACCAACAAAAAAAAUCCCCGCCAGAAGACAGAAACCAAGUUCACAAUCGCAGCUGUCGGAAAAUGAUAGUAUUGAAAACGAAGAUGCCAAGGUGUCGAGUGUAGUUACUAGAACAAGGAACAGAUAUGAAGGCGACUCCCCGAAAAUCGUGUUCAGCAACAGUGGCCUUGAUGGAACAAAGGACAUUGAGAAGUUCCUUCGAACGAAUGGCGGGAAGAAGAUGCCAAAUGUCAGCGCUGCUGGGGUCAAUUUCCUCGUCGUAGGGCCCGGAGAACUAAAAAGAACACCGAAAUUAACUGUCGGGGUGGCGCUGGGUAAAUUUGUCGUAGAGGAUCAAUGGCUGAUUGAUAGCAAAGAAAUUGGCUACUUUUUAGAUCCCGAACCAUACGUCCCUUGCGAUCCCCUUCAUGAGCAGGCCUGGUCUUUCUCACUUGCUGCCGCCAUUGACCGCGGCCGCAAUGGCCUCAACUGCGUUCUUAAAGAUUAUAAUGUUUACAUCACCUCAUCACUCAUCUCACAACUAAAGGCUUCAAAACAAGAAGACUCUCUUGUCGAAAUGCUCAAAGCAGCCAGCGCAGGAACAAUUGCCAAGAAAAGCCCCAAGGGGAAAAGAGAAGACGACGAACACGCCGAUCAAACGCUCAUCCUGGGCAGUGAAAAGGGAGAUGGUGAUAUAGCGCUUCUUAACAAGGCUGGAUGGGAUGUCUACGGAACCGGAAUCAUAGCGAUUAGCGUUCUCAGAGGCAAGCUGGAUCUGGGGCACGAGUUUAAGAUUGCCGCGCCGGAAGUGGAGGCAACACAGAAGGUGGGGAGAGGAAGGAAGGGGAAGUGA